AUGCGGUCCGCCGCGCUCAUCCUCUGCUGCUCGACGGCCGUGGCCCUCGCGCCGGCCAACUACCAGAUCCUGCGCGGGGCCAAAGUGCUGCGCCGCGCCGUCGAGCCGGACCCGCGCACCGUCGACGGUCGGCGGUCGGCGCGCGCGAAGGAGCCGGCGCCGGCCAGGGAGGCCGUGCGCGGGGCCAAAGUGCUGCGCCGCGCCGUCGAGCCGGACCCGCGCACCGUCGACGGUCGGCGGUCGGCGCGCGCGAAGGAGCCGGCGCCGGCCAGAGAGGCCGCGGGCCAGGCCUUCGGCUUCGCGCCGCCGCUCACGGUCAACAAGUGGGAGACGAUGCAGGCGAAGCGCGUGCGGCUCGAGGUGCUCUACAGCCGCGACGUCGACGUCGACGGCGACGAGUUCGAGGGCCUGCGCAAGGCCUACCUGCGGACGAAGCGCAUCGUCCAGGAGUCCUACCCCGACGUCCUCGUCGUCGGCGUGCAGAAGGCGACGCGCCGCGGCGACGACGCGACCUUCGAGGUCACGGUAGACGCCAAGUUGGUCUACGCGAAGCCGCGCGACCGCGAGGGCAUCUACCUCAGCCAGCGCACGCUCCACCGCGAGAUCAUGCGCGCGCGCAAGGCGCGGCGACCGUCGACGACCUACUACCGCCUCGAGGCCGUCGACGACGACGACGACGACGAGUAUCCGCGCGUCGUCGUGCCCGAUAAGUGA